AUGCCCAUUCUCUAUUUACCACCUCUUAAAGGGCCGCCCCGACAGCAGCGGCGAGCCGAGUGCGAUGCGGCUCCUGCCGCUGCUCUUGCUGCUGCUGGCGGGCAAGUGCGGGGAACGCCAGGGGGCCCGCCAGGUCGCCUCCUGCCUGCAGCAGCAACCCCCCCGCAACAGCUGAGCGGGCACGACAAGCGGGAAAUGCAGCGGGAGAUCCUGGCCCUGCUGGGCUUGCCGGGACGCUCCGGGGCCCGUCACUCACCUCCGCCUCACCCCUCCGCUGUGCCCCCCUUCAUGCUGGACUUGUGCAGGGCCAUGGCCAGCCAGGAGGAUGAUGACGAUGCACCCAGCUGGGCGCCACAGUGGAGGGCGCUGGACGGCGCGGAAACUGUCAUGAGCUUCGUCAGCAUGGUUGAACUGGACAGAGGUAUCUUCUAUCAAAAGCCAUACUGGAAGGAGUUCAGGUUUGACUUAACGCAAAUCCCAAUGGCGGAGUCUGCAAUGGCAGCUGAGUUGCACAUUUACAAGAUGCAGAGUGUCAUUCGCUACGUCAAUCAGACCCUGCACAUCAGCAUUUAUGAGAUCGUCCAAGAUCACCCGAACAGAGAAUCGGAAUUGCUCCUUUUGAAUCUGCAGGAUUUUCUGGCUGGGAUGGAGGGCUGGCUGGCUUUUGAUGUCGCAGCUGCCAGUAAUCACUGGCUGUUGAAAUGCAAAUACAACCUGGCCUUGAGACUUUACGUUGAAACGGAGGAUGGGCAGAGCAUCGAUCCUGCAUUGGCAGGCCUCUUGGGUCGCCACGUCCGUUCCAAGCAGCCCUUCAUGGUGACCUUUUUCCGGGCAAGCCAAAGCCAAGCCAGAUCUCCUCGAGCUGUCAGGCAUCUGAGGAAGAAGCAGCCCAAGAAGACAAACAGCUUCCCACACGCGAACAGACUUCCAGGGACAUUUGAUGACAUUCAUCCUUCUGAAGGGAAGCACGUAUGCAGGAGAGAAGAGUUAUAUGUCAGUUUUCAAGAUCUUGGAUGGCUGAACUGGGUGAUUGCCCCCCAGGGCUACUCAGCCUUCUACUGCCAAGGAGACUGCGCUUUCCCUCUGGAUUCCUGAAUGAAAGUCAUCAACCACACCAUCCUCCAAUCCCUGGUCCACUUGAUGAAGCCAGACGCCAUCCCCAAGGCUUGCUGCGCCCCACGUUGGGUCCCACUUUGGGCUGAAAAGGCACCCAACAGCGAAGCCUGUAAAGCAAACAUCCCGGGUAAACCUUCAGCAAAUGGCUGCAAGCAUGGAGAAUCACUGCAGCACUGUAAAAUGUUGCCUGUGAGUGGUGGAGGAAACUGA